UUUUGGAAUAUUAGGAAACAAAAAACUUGUUAAUAUACCUCUUAUAGGCUUAAACCCUAUACAGCUCCGAUUUCCGAAAAUCGCGACGGUAUGAUCCUUGAUCUGCGUUAAAGUUGUGUUUGAAUUCCUAUUUCCAACUUCCAACGUUUCUUUCCUUCCGAUUUCCGAGUUCCAACAUUUGAACCAGUUACAAUUUCCAGCUCCACCGAUUUCCAAAACCGCUGACUGUUCCCUAACUACUUCACACAAUGUAUUAUGCUUAGUACAAAAAAUUUUUCCUUAUGAUUUACCAAGCAAAAAUAUUUUGAGCUAUAUCAAUUAUAUAUUUUUCUAAAUAAGAUGAACUCAAUGAUUGAAUAUUUAAACAACAAUGGGAUUCCUCCCUUUCCUUCUGGCAGCUCUUUCUAUUCUUUAUUUAUUAGAAAUUUGAUAAAUUAUUUAAAAGAACGGAAAAUUGAUAAUUUGGAAUGUCAAAUCGUCAACGCUGCUUUAAACUCCGCGAUCCUUUCCCCCCAAAUCGAACCAACAUCACAAUUAAACUACUUUCAAGAGCCGCAACAACAACUUUUACUUCUCCCUUCAAAUUCGCCUUUACAAAUAAAUGAAAAUUCUAAUAAUAAUAAUGUUGUUGGCCUUUCUUUAGAGCAUUUAGUUAAAGUUUUGGUGGAGACAGUCAGGGAGGUGACUGGGACAAGGAAUAUUACAAGCAAUAAAAAUGAGAGGGAAGGGAAUGAGGAAGUUAUUACAAGAGACGAAACAGCUGCACAAAUACUUGAGAGGAGGAGGAAGCAGAAUAAUGCCGCCGCCGCCCGCUAUCGUCGCCGGCAACGCAAAGUAGAGAACACGAUGCAACAAGAAUUGGCUCUGUUGGAACGUCGCAAUUAUGAGUUGCGCACUUCCAUAGCUAAUUUAAGAGCGGAGAUUGAAGCUGAAAAUUCCUUACUCAAAGCAAUUCAGAGCGGAAAGAAUAAAUAA